AUGACGAUGGAUUCAUCAGCCAAAAUGGAUCAUCCGAAAGACAAGUAUCCUGGAAAACUCACGUUUAGAGUCAUUAUCACUUGCGUCAUGGCAGCUAGUGGUGGGUUGAUAUUUGGUUACGAUCAUGGUGUUUCAGGUGGAGUGACAUCGAUGGAUACAUUUUUGAAAAGAUUCUUUCCAUCUGUUUAUGCACAGGAGUCAAAUCUGAAACCUUCUUCAAAUCAAUAUUGCAAAUUCAACAGUCAGAUUCUGACACUGUUUACAUCCUCCCUUUAUCUAAGUGCUCUUAUUUCUGGUCUUGGGGCAUCCACCUUAACAAGAGCUUUGGGUAGGCGGGUAACUAUGAUUUUGGGUGGGCUGUUCUUUGUGUCGGGUGCAUUACUCAAUGGAUUAGCCAUCAACAUAUUGAUGCUUAUUUUUGGAAGGUUGUUGCUUGGUUUUGGCAUCGGAUGCGCCAAUCAGUCAGUUCCAAUCUAUGUCUCAGAAAUGGCACCUUAUAAGUACAGGGGAGGUCUAAACAUGUGUUUCCAAUUGUCAAUUACUAUUGGUAUAUUUUCAGCAAAUCUCUGCAACUACUACUUUUCAAAGAUACUGAAUGGUGAAGGAUGGCGAUUAAGCUUGGGGCUAGGUGCUGUACCUGCGCUGAUUUUUGUUGUAGGCUCAUUUUGUCUCCCUGAUUCUCCAAACUCCCUUGUUGCACGUGGUCAUCAUGAAGCUGCAAGAAAGGAGCUUGUGAAAAUUCGCGGCACUAAUGAUGUUGAUGCAGAGUUUAAAGAAAUUAUUACUGCUAGUGAAGCCUCGGAUAAAGUGAAACACCCUUGGAGAUCAUUGUUUGAGAGAAAAUAUAGGCCACAACUUGUUUUCGCCAUAUUGAUUCCUUUCUUCCAACAAUUCACUGGAUUGAAUGUGAUCACGUUCUAUGCUCCCAUUUUGUUCAGAACAAUUGGUUUUGGAAGUCAAGCUUCACUCAUGUCUGCCGCAAUUAUUGGAAGCUUUAAACCUGUUUCCACUUUGAUUUCAAUGUAUGUUGUAGAUAAAUUUGGACGGCGUGCCCUUUUCAUUGAAGGUGGUGCUCAAAUGUUAAUCUGUCAGAUUCUGAUGACAAUUGCUAUUGCUAUAACAUUUGGCACAAGUGGGAACCCAGGGAAACUACCCAAGUGGUAUGCAAUUGUUAUCGUUGGGAUAAUCUGUGUAUACGUUUCUGGUUACGCUUGGUCUUGGGGACCUCUAGGAUGGUUAGUACCUAGCGAAAUAUUUCCUCUGGAAAUUCGAUCUGCUGCUCAAAGUGUCACAGUUAGUGUCAACAUGACCAGCACUUUUUUCAUAGCCCAGUUCUUCACGUCAAUGCUUUGUCACUUCAAGUUCGGUUUGUUCAUCUUCUUUGGGUGCUUUGUAGUCCUCAUGACUUUCGUCAUCUACAAGUUUUUACCAGAAACAAAAGGUAUCCCACUUGAGGAAAUGAACAUGGUUUGGAAGAAACAUCCCUAUUGGGGAAGGUUUUUGGAGGCAGAAAAUAACAAACAAGUUUCCAUGACAGAAACCAAAGGUUAA